AACCUUUCUUUCUACCGUUACUUAAGGAAUUGUUAUCGAAUUGUUAUCGGUACAGUAGUGGCCGUGGAGCCUUUCCCCCCGAACAUAUAUAUAUAUAUAUAUAUAUAUGACUAACUCAUCAUCAUCAUCGAAUAAAACCUAGAGCAAAACGUCAGCAAUGGCUGCCGCCGAUUAUGUUGUCGUCUUUCUAAUCACGCUUCUUUCACUAGCUUGGUCCCCGGCUAUCGCCACCGACGACAAGCCGCUUCAGGAUUAUUGCGUCGCCGAUAAGGGCGGAGUGCCGAUGAAUGGGUUCGCUUGCAAGUCGCCGCAGUCGGUGACGGCGGACGAGUUCAGCUUCAGCGGGCUGAACAAGGCGGGCGACACCAACAACCCGGCGGGGUUCAAGGCGACGCUGGUGACGGUGAACCAGAUCCCUGGGCUGAACACGCAAGGCGUGUCGAUGGUCCGCCUCGACUUCGCCGCCGGCGGGGUGAACGCGCCCCACAUCCACCCGAGGGCCAGCGAGAUGCUGAUCGUGAUGGAAGGCUCCCUCGAGGUCGGCUUCGUCACCACCCUGCCGGAGACGAAGCUCAUCACCAAGGUCCUCCAGGCCGGCGAGGCCUUCGUCUUCCCCCAGGCGCUCACCCACUUCCAGAGGAACGUCGGCAAGGGAACUGCAUUCGCCAUCGCCGCGCUCAACAGCCAGAACCCCGGGACCCAGCCGGUGCUCGCCGCGGUUCUCGGCUCCAACCCCAAGAUCCCCGUCGAAGUUGUGGCCAAGGCCCUUCAGGCCGACAACAAUCUCGUCACUCAGCUCCAGUCCAAGUUCAAAUGAUGAUCAUCAUCAUCGAGUGCACGGAGGAUAGUUUGAUUUAAUUAAUUCAUUAAUUAGGAGGAGAUUAAUGGACAAGGUUUUGAGUAGUAUGGUUUCAGAAAGAAAAUUGAAACGAGGUUGAGUGAAUUAAACUUGAAAAGUUGGUCUAUUGGAGUUUUUUUUUAUGAUUCCAUAAAAUUAUGUAAUGCACAAGAUUACAUAGGGUUCGUUUGGAUUGAGUAUUUGGGGUCAAAUAAUAGAUUUUGUGUUAUUUGACCCCAAAUAACAUGUUUGGCUGACAAAAUGUGGGAUGCGUUAUUUGGAUGUAAGUGUUUUGCCAAAUAACAGGUUUGAGACCAAAUAACACAAAAAGUAUUGUUUGCCAAAUACUUGAGAGGGGGCAGGUAUUUGCCAAAUAACAAGUUUGAGAUCAAAUAUCACAUACCAAAUAACAGGUUUUAUAUUAUGUGGUAUUUGUGUGGUAAUUGACCCCAAACAACAAGUUUGUCAAAUACUCAAUCCAAACGACCCCUAUAUAUUUGCUCUUUCCGUUUAUUUGACCCACCACAAGAAAACUUGGUCUUUGAGACAAAUAACUACUUUUGAGCCCUAGAGUGCUUUAUUUAAUCAAAAGUCUAAAAUAUAUUUGGAAGAUUUGAGAUUCGAGUAUAGUUAGUAAAUACUCCGUUUAAUACACGUAUAUGUACCCGUACGUACUUUAUCCGUUUAAAACUUCCGUAUCCGUAUUAUUGUCAAGCCGUUUCAUUAGUUUCCGUUCAUUUGACGGCUCCUGUACUAAACACGUAUAAAAUCCGUAUAACACGUUUAAUAUCCGUAUUUAAUGAAAUAAAUUAACAACUUUACUAUUUUUUACAUAUUUAUUUAUUUAUAAAAAUAAUUAAUUGUAUAUAUUUAUGACUACUAACGUACUAUUAAACGUAAUAUUAGCUAAGAUAUGAAGUAUAAUACCCGUACAUAUUUUAUACGUAACUUUCCCGUACCGUAUUUUACUAACUAUUCAUUCGACAACUAUAAUAGUCUUAAACUAUCAUUAUAUGUUAAUGUCAGCUCUUAAAAAUUCCAAUUAUUUUUAGAUAUAUAUUAGUUACUAUAUAGAUGAUUUAUGUGUUCUUAAUUACCUAUUAUCGAUUUAGAUGAUUUUUUACUAUAUAGUUUCAACUCAUUAGAUGAUUAAUUUAAUGCUUUCAUAUUAGCAAUAGGUUAAUACCUUGAAGUUUAUAAUGACUAUUUGGGUCUACAAUUUAAUACCAAACCUUUCAUUUUAAACAAAAUAACAGCCAAAUGUUUUCAAAAACAAUAAAAUAGUAAAAGUGUUAACUUUUCGUUCGGUCAAUUGUUAGUUGACUCAAACGUGGCAAAAUAUUGAGUGAGAUGGAUGAUUCCUUAUGACGUGGCAAGAAAUAAAAUGUUUGAACUUGCCACAUAGAUAUUAUAUAAAAAUGAUUUUAUUUAUUUUUACCAUAAAUAUAGCGGUUUGAAAACAAUUGACAUGGAUAUUGUGUUUGGAAGGAGAAAAUGCGCGAUUUCGCGAGAGCCAUUUUUUUAGUGUGGAUGUGAAGCGAACCCGCGCGAGAAAAAAUAAAAAACAACCCAGCUCCCGCGGAUUUGCGCUUCUAGUUUACUUGGAAAUCGCUUUUCCCUAGGGAUGGCAACUUUGCCCAUGCCCAUGGGUUUCUUACUAUCCAACCCAAUUGGGUUGGGUAUGAAAUCCAAAUAGAUGGAUAUGGGUAGAGUUUGAUGGGUUUGUACCCAUACCCAUUUACUUUGGGUUGAGUUGGGUUUAUAUCAAAUGGAUUUGGGUUUGUACCCAUGCCCAAAUACAAAUUACAGUUUGGUACCCAAACUUAAUAGAUAUGCAUAUUUAGU